UCUAUCUAUUUAUCUUGUAACCAUAGGUUGUCAAUCACAAGGGGACAACUGUUAGGUUUUGGCCCUCUGACGUCAUAUCCAUUCCCACAAUGCCAUAGUAACACGACUGCGCACUCGCGCUCGUGGACGCGCACCAGCAGAGACAGCCCAUCACACACAGAGAGCGAACAUGGCGGGCGCCUCCGACCCUCUGGAAGACAUGCUCUUCUCCGAGGUGGACGAGAAAGCCGUGAGUGAUCUGGUGGGCUCGCUGGAGUCUCAGUUGGGGGGCCAGAGCGAGCCGCCCGCCGCGCGCAAGAGCAACGCGAGACAGCAGCAGCAGCAGACAGGAGGACCAGCUCCUGCAGACUCUGCAUCAGAACCACAACAACAAGCGCAGCAGCAGCAGAAUGCGCGGAGAGCAGCGCGCAACCCGGAUUCUGACCCGAAAGACGCCAGCAUGGAUAAGCACUCCAAAGCCAUGGAGAAGGAGAGCCCUCUGAAGUCGCACGGCAGCAUCAUCAUCAUCACUACAGCAGCAGCAGCAGCAGCAUCCGACGCUCCUGCACCGGGCAACAAAGGUGAGAGCCCGAGGGACACCCGCAAGAAGCACCCAGGGAAUACGCGCGCGCUGCGCUCCGCAGCAUCCCACAGUCUCAACGGCAACGGAGGCGACGCAGCAUCAGCAUCAGCAUCCUCACCCAGCACGACUGUCACCGUGUCCAGUAACCCGCAGGCGAUCGCGCUGGACCGCGGGACGCCCACCAUCGCGCUGCACCGACUCCCGCGUCACAUCAUCGCCAGCAUCGCGCAGAAUGGAAACGGCACGUCGGUGUCCGCGUUGGUCCAGCAGGGCGCGCGGAUCAACCACAGCAAAACACCCGUUGACAACAACGCGAUGCCAGCGGCGACCUCGGCCUCAGCAGCGCCUGUCAAACCCGCUGUUAGUGUCAGCGCGCCCGCGGUCCUCAGACCUGCGCAGACGCAGACGCAGACGCAUGCGCAUGCGCAGCAGAGGGCCGUAACGCCGCAGCUGAUUGUCAGACCACCGCAACAGCAAACUACUAUACAGCUGCCGCCCGGAUUCACCAUCCCACCAGGGAUGGUGCUGGUCCGGACGGAGAUGGGUCAGCUGGUGAUGGUUCCUCAGCAGGCUCUGGCUCAAGCUCAGGCCCAGAACAGCAUCUCACCGCGGCCCUCCACACCCACCAGUGUGGCCACGUUCAGGGUCACGACCCCACAGUCUCCUGUUAGCACUCAGGCUAUUCGUCCCGCUCCUGCGGCUCAAACUAAACCGGUCCAGUCGAGUUCACCGAGCGUCCCGGCCCAAACCAGAACCGCAGCCGGCCCCGCUAAGGGCCCCGUGGCAGCCGCUGUGGCAGUGACAGCUCCCCAGCAGGUCCAGCCGGCCUCGGGCCCCCAGGGGCCCCUCACUCAGAUGCCACUGGCCCCACAGUGCGCAGCCGCCCCGGCCCCUGGAGCUCCGCUCGUCUCCCAGGAGAUGCAGGACAAUGUGAAGAAGUGCAAGAACUUCUUGGCAACGUUGAUCAAGUUGGCGUCCCAUAAUUCCCCGUCCCCAGAGACGUCUCGAAACGUGAAAGCGCUGGUGCAGGAUUUACUGGAUGCGAAGAUCGAUCCGGAGGAGUUCACCAGCCGCUUACAGUCGGAGCUGAAGUCUUCUCCGCAGCCGUACCUCGUCCCUUUCCUGAAGAAAAGUCUCCCUGCGUUGCGUGUGUCUCUCCUGAGCAGCCAGCAAUCUCUCACAGUCCCUCUGCAGCCCAACAAAACCAGCGUGAUGCCAGUCCAGACGGGUGUCAGUGUGCGUCCACACCAGCCCAACAGCACCACCGUACUGCCACAAGGUAUCAAGAGGGCAGUGGGUCCUGGAGGUCAGAUACGGAUGCCUGUGGUCAUAACGCAGACGGUGCGAACAACAGGUGCUUUAGGGAAGCCUGCGGCGAUCCAGAUGGGCAAAAGCCCUGCGGGUGUCACAAUACAGCUCUCAGGAAACCAGAAGAACAAGCUGAAUGACCCGGGGGGAGGCUCCUUCAGAGACGAUGAUGACAUCAACGACGUUGCAUCUAUGGCUGGUGUGAACCUCAACGAGGAGAGCGCACGCAUUCUAGCGACCAACUCUGAUCUGGUGGGAACGCAGAUCCGCUCCUGUAAAGACGAGGCCUUCCUGUCUACAGGUCUGUUACACCGGCGUAUACUGGAAACAGCGAAGAGGUUUGGAGUGACGGACGUACCGCUGGAGACUGUGAACUUCAUCUCUCACGCCACCCAGUCCAGAUUACGCACAGUUCUGGAGAAAGUUUCCUGCAUUGCCCAGCACCGAAUGGACUCGUGUAAGGAAGACGAGUGGUUCAAGCAGUCGUCUGAUGUGCGCUCGCAGCUCAAGUUUUUCGAGCAGUUGGAACGGAUGGAAAAGCAGAGGAAAGAUGAACGAGAACGAGAGAUUCUCCUCAGAGCGGCGAAGAGUCGCUCGCGGCAAGAAGAUCCAGAACAAGCCCGUCUGAAGCAGAAAGCAAAGGAGAUGCAGCAGCAGGAACUCGCCCAAAUGAGACAACGAGACGCCAAUCUGACGGCACUCGCCGCCAUUGGUCCUCGGAAAAAACGCAAAGUGGACUCGCAAGGAGCAACAACGACAGGCACUGAGGUACGAACGAACCUCUCCACUGAACCAUAUCCACUUUUGAUUGCUUUCACAAAUCUAUCCUGA